UCUGCGACCCGUGUUUUACCUUCUGCGUAAUCGCCUUGGAAACGAGUUGUUUAUUAUGUUAGCCUUGAGCUAACCCACCGUGCGCUUCGUCUAGCUGCCUUUCUGUGUCUGACGGUAGAUCGCGCUGAUUUGACACCUUAAGCAAACGUUUUACAUCUCAAUGAAUAUUAUUUUAUCACAACAGAAAUGUCAAAUUGUUGUUUUAGUAGCUAGCUCGCUAGCUAGGUUAGAAAAAAAUAGUUCCCUAGUCGAAAAUCUCUCCCUUGCCUUUUUCUCUCUAUACUUCAAUACGUUCAAGAUGAAAAUAUUAUUAAUUGGACCUAGCGAGUGUGGGAAAACAGCAUUGGCCAAUUUUCUGUCUGACACAACAGAGACAAUCGGAGCGGACUACAGCCCUACACAAGGAGUAAGGAUACUUGAGUUUGAAUCACACAAUUUAUCUAAUGGUAACAAAAAUUCAGCAUGUGAAGUGGAACUAUGGGAUUGUGCAGGUGAUUUCAAGUUUGAAUCAUGCUGGCCAGCGUUGAUGAAAGACUCCAAUGGAGUAGUUAUUGUGUUUAACCCAGAUGUGCCCAGUCAUCUCAAGGAAAUAGAGACCUGGUACUCUACAUUCAUCUUCUCUCAGGGUCUACAAGAGGCCCAGUGUCUGCUCAUAGCACAUCAUAAACCAGGGAGCGGGGCUGACACUACCCGUCCACCAUUAGCCCCACAGUUAAACAAGUUGCCGCUCAUUCACUCAAAUCUUGAGGAAGAGCCUGAAGAUGUCCGACAGGAGUUCCACAAAUACUUGGGAAAUGUUAUGCGGAUGCUAUCAGAAAAACAGGAGCGAGAAGAAAUGUCAAUUAUUACAUAAUUUUGUAUAUAAACCAAGAUAAAUCUAUAUCACACAUAAUAUAUGCACAUGCAUUUUUCUUUCAACUUUUGUAUUUCCCCCCCCACAACUGCAUUAAAAUCACUUUGACCUGGUAAAACUUUUUUCAUUAACACAAAAAGGAAAGAUUUUAAAGGAUAUUGAUUAUGUUGUGUAUAUCCAUGAAUUCCACCAUCUAUC